UGAGACCACAACCGUCUAUUCAGUCAGACGCAAGGCGACCUUCUCCUAAGCGUGUACUCUUAACAGCUAUUUGUUCAAUCGACAAACAUGGCGGGAGACUCGGGAAAGAUGAAAAUGUACUGGUAUCCCACCUACCGGUCUGUGCGAACAAUAUGGCUUAUCAAAGAACUGAACGCAGAGAAAGACUUUGAUUUGGUCCGCUUCUGUCCCGGGGACGACGCGGCUGCUGAUGUCGCCUACCGCAGGGACGUCCACCCCCACUGCACCAUCCCUGCUCUAACUGGUGCAGGAAAUAUGCCCAUCCUGGAGUCUGGAGCCAUCUGCUUGUACCUGGCCGAUAGAUACGGCAAACUCGUGCCUGACCCCAAGGACAGGGCAGAUUACUACAGCUUCAUCCUCUACGUCACGUCCACCAUCGACGGGAUCCUGGACUUCUUCUACGAACUGUGGAACCUUAACAUGACGUUCACCGAGGACAAGGUCAAGAAGAUGAGAGAUAGGUUCAACGCUUGCCUAGACUUUAUCACCAGGAGGUUGGAGGGCAGGCAGUUCAUCUGUGGAGACAAGUUCACUGCAGCUGACUGCGUCCUUGGCUACGUCACUUUCUACGCAACGGUGUUGAAGGACGGAGAGUUGCUUGCCAACCAUCCCACCAUCCGGGAGUACCGCGACCGUCUCCAAGCGAUGCCAAGCUACCAAGCCACUGUCAAUAUGAAGUAGUUCCUCAAGCCACCCAUGCCUAGUGACCAACCAUUUUGGUUUUACAGUAAACUACGGUUAUAACGAACUCAAAGAGACUACUAAUUUGAGUUCGUUAUAACCGUAGUUCGUUAUAAGCACAUAUACAGCAUGACUACAGCAAGUAGUCGUGACCAAAAAGUAAGGUCGUUAUAUCCGUCAUUUCGUUAUAAGCGUGUUCGUUAUAACCAUAGUUUACUGUAUUAGACACUACAACAAAAUUCAAUCGCUUUGUCAAGUCAUACAAUAUGUUUCUCUAAACACAGAAACCAAACAAUGUUUAGAACAUAUUUCUGUGUAUACAAUAUCCACAAUAUAAAGUCUAGGCCUUAAUUAUUUACAUCCGGAACUGGUCCGUUUUCGUGAUAGUGUAUACAUGUAUUUUGAUUCCCGUGAUUAAUAUAUGUGAUAUAGAUUCAGUGCAUAAUGUAGACAAAAAAAUUAA